AUGUCGGAAAUCGAAAAGGAAAUUGCGGCUGCAGGGUCGGGGGACGAAGAUGAAGAGUUGGAGCAGAUGAAGGCGCGUGUACGAGAGAUGGAAGCCGAGGCUGAAAAGUUGCGCACCAUGACGGCUCAGGCUCAACCUGGGAGCGGGCCCGGGAGCGUCGGGUCCGGUGGGGGCGACGCGAGCAACGAGUUUGGAGAAGAGAGUGCGGAGAUAGUCGAUGCGCGGAGUGUGUACGUCGGCAAUGUGGAUUAUGGAGCGACGCCCGAAGAGCUCCAGGCGCAUUUCCAGGCUGUUGGGACGAUUAAUAGGAUCACUAUUUUGUGUGACAAGUUCACGGGACAUCCUAAAGGGUUUGCAUAUGUGGAGUUUGCAGAGCCGGCGCAUGUACAGGCUGCCGAGGUGCUGAACGAUUCGUUGUUUAGAGGACGAGCGAUCAAGGUGACGGCCAAGCGAACAAACAUUCCUGGAAUGGGGCGUGGUCGAGGCAGGGGAAGAGGCGGACGAGGCAGGGGCGGGCGCGGAUUUGCGGGAUACAAUCCGUACCGUGGACGCGGACGUGGAGGGUUCCGGUAG